AAUCACAUGAAAAACAGAACCAGUCUUUGAAACCCGUUGCAGACUGUUGACUCUUCUCUGAGUCCUCUCUCUCUCUCUCUCUCUCUCUCUUUACCAAAAUUUUCUUGCACUUUCCGGGAAAAUCUCGGAGCAGGUUGAUGGCAAAUAAGACAAAUGAGGAUUUUUAUUACAACCUCUCAAGGAAAGAGCUUCAAAGUCUCUGCAAAAAAUAUGGAUUGCCUGCUAAUAGAUCACAUUCCGAAUUGGCAACAUUGCUGAUAUCAUACUUAGAGAACAAGAAUUUAAAUUCAGUAUCAUCAGUUGAAAGUUUAGAUGGGAUCAAUGAGACUUCGCCUCCUACUUCAUCAAUACCACAACUGAAGCCUGGAGCAGAGUCAGACCCUGCUGUGGAUGCCAAAAAAGAUGGCCAUGGAUUCAUCUUGUGUCUUAGAGAGGAAGAGAAAAAGGGCAAUUACUCUCAAACUACUAAAUCCAAUGAUUUAGCUUGUUGCUUCGGAGCUAAAUACCAUGAUAAGGAUUGCGUAGGUGGUUCAAUAUAUAAUCUUCCGGAGAUGUCUCAUUCUAACAUUGCUUUCCAAUGUGACAAAAGUAGUUUAAACCAUAAAGAGCCCCUAAGAGAAAGCUCUGGAAACACUUAUUUGGGUUUUGCAAGAGAUGGCACAGAGGAAAAUAUGCCCCAGAUAAAAGGUAGAAAUAUAGAUGUCAGUGUAUGUCCUGUAGAAAAUGACAUUGCUUCCUCUAUGAAAAGUUCUAGAGUCUCUUCCACUUCUUUUGAGUUUCAUGUCAUGUCAGAAGAGGGGAUUAAUCUUCAUGUUGAUUUGAAUUCAAGCCCAUCAGAUUGGGCUAAAAGAUUCAAGAAUGAGGUUGACAUAUGCAAGGGUGUUCACGGGAACAGGUCACCGAGUUUCCAUCAGGGCCUUGGGCACUUUGGAGAGACUGAUAAACAAGUAAAAAAUUCCUGUGUAUGGAAUAUGGAUUCUGGGCAAAUCAACAACAGUCAUGUACCGACAACAUUUUCCCCAAGUUCUAAAACGACAGAAAAUGAUCAUAUGGGUUUUGAACAACCAGAUAAAGGUGAUGCAUCUUUACUAUCCUGUGCAAUAGUGCCUUGCAGCGUGGUCAUAGAUGUGUCUGAGAAUUCGAAGAAAGAUCAAGUGCUUAUCCCAUCUGAACCAAAUUCUAAUACACAGGACCAGAUAAAUUCUGCUGCUGAGUCCUGUGCUAAAGAUCAGUGUACUGUAAUCCUUGAUACAAAUGCAACUGACACUCCACCGAUAAAGUCAGCAUGUAAUUCUGUUGUCAACUCAAUGUCUGAUGGUCCACUAAGUCCUCUCCAGUUAAAGGAUCAAAAUUCAAACUUUGUUGAUGAAAUUUUUGAGAACUCAACUCUGCAGAACAGUUGUAGUAUUGUGAAUCCCAGUUUGGUAUAUCCUGGAUGCUCGGCUAGUGGUUCCAUGGAGAUGCCAACAUCAGAAGUUGCAAGUUGCCAUAAAGAUGCAUCAUGUUCACCUUAUGGCAAUGGUGGGUUCCUGGAUUUGGUUGAUCCGAAGCUUAAUACAGAGACAGAACAAGGAGGACUAGCCAACUCAAGCGAGCUUGAUCAUGACACUUGCAGGAAUCUUUUGCCAACAUGUGUUGAAGAGUGGGAGAGAAGCAACAUCAUCAAUGGAAGGGAGAGUUCAGAAUGCUCACAAAUUGAUAACUCAGUUGGGAGGACUUGUUUAAGCUCUAAUGAUAUGGAAUCUAAGGAACUUCACAAAAAGAGGAAACAUGUAGAUAGAGAAGAUAAAAUCUCCUAUUAUAAACCUGAUGCCAAGAUUUUAAGAAGCUCAAAGCAUAGUCGGAAAGUCCUUCCAAGAAGAUCCAUGCGGCUGAUAACUAAGUGAGUUCAUGAAGUUCAUGCGGGCCACAAAAGAAUCAUUGGCUUAAGUGAAAACAUAUUUCAUUUUCCCUACUGGGAGUACAGUUUAUAGUCUCUACAUUCUUUGGGGAAACAUUAUACCGACUUAACAAACGACAAGGUAGUCUUUAAACUUAUUUUCUUUUCUUCCUUCCCCCUACAGUUGUCACAAAGCCAAUAGAAAAAUUCAUUGUUGUGCUGGUGUAUCAGGUUUUUGAAAAUUGAACUCUGUAAUACUAUAUUCAUCUGGGUUUCGUAGUUGCUUCUAUUCAUUAAUGUAUUGACAUGCCACUUCUUUCUGCUACAUGAAUAUAAUAGAGAAACUGAACUUGGCCCUA